UCGGCUUUCAAACCCCCUUCAAACCCUCCAUUCCCUUAACAUGAUCCCUCUGUCAGCCGCAGCCCGGGGGCACAGCCGGGGGGCUUUGCCCGGCAGAGAAUAAACCUAGGACAACGCCGAAGAACCCCUCUGUGCGCCCCAAGAGGGGACUGGAAAUCCACCCUCACCGCCUUCCCCAGCCCCUGUAGGGCUGGGCAAUAACUCACCCUGCAACCAACGCUUUCGGGGCAACCAAGGAGCCAAGGCCAACCCAAGGAGGGUCAAACCCCUCCUUUGGAGCAUCCCUGUGGCCGGAGAGCAGCUCCCCGCGGGAGGGAUGAAGACGCUAUGGCCAAGUUGCUGGUAAAACUCCAGCGGUACUUUCGGCGGAAGCCCGUGCGGUUCUUCACGCUGCUGGCUCUCUAUUUGGCAGCCGGGAGCUUGGUUUUCCUGCAUUCAGGCUUUGCCGGGGAGUCCACGGUGACCGGGAACCAGCGCGGCACCGGGACCGGCGAGGGGCCGGGGCUGCCCUACCUGGGGGUGAUGCAGCUCAGCCGCGGCUUCAAGGCGGCGGUGACGGUGCCGGAGCGGGGCCGGAGGCACGGACCCUGGUUCAAAAGCACCUCCAAGGAGCCCGUGGAGAGGAGCAAAGGCGGAGACUACGGCAGCGCCCGGAGCCGCGCGAUCAGGAGCAGGAGCGGCCGUGAGAAGGAGGAGGACAGAGCAAGAUACAUCGGCUGCUAUGUGGACAACACUCGCCGGCGAACGCUGCGCGGCAUGUCCUUCUUUGACUACAAGAAGAUGACAGUCUUCCGUUGCCAGGACAACUGUGCCGAGCGGGGAUACCUCUAUGCAGGGCUGGAAUUCGGUGCCGAGUGCUACUGUGGGCACAAGAUCCAGGCGUCCAACACCAGCGAGUCUGAGUGCAACAUGGAAUGCAAGGGGGAGAGGAGCAACACGUGCGGUGGGGUCAAUCGCCUCUCCAUCUAUCGCCUGGAGCUGGCCCAGGAGUCCGCCCGGAGAUACGGCAGCGCGAUAUUUCGGGGGUGCUUCCGCCAGCCAGACAACGUCUCCAUCGCCCUGCCCGUCAGCCAGCUCAUGCUGAACAUGUCAGUGGACAAGUGCGUGGACUUCUGCACUGAGAAGGAGUACCCGCUGUCAGCACUGGCCGGGACCUUGUGCCGCUGCGGCUUCCCCACCACGCUCUUCACGCUGCACGAGCGCGAGGACGAGCAGCUCUGCGCCCAGAGAUGCGCCGGAGAGGAGUUCGAGAGCUGCGGCACCUCCGAGUACCUCCUCGUGUACCAGACCCAAGUGCAAGACAACCGCUGCAUGGACAGGAGGUUUCUCCCGACCCGUGCCAAGCAGUUGGUGGCCCUGGCCAGCUUCCCUGGCGCCGGCAACACUUGGGCACGGCACCUCAUCGAGCUGGCCACCGGCUUCUACACGGGCAGCUACUACUUCGAUGGGUCUCUCUACAACAAAGGGUUCAAGGGCGAGAGGGACCACUGGCGAAGCGGGAGGACGAUCUGCAUCAAAACCCAUGAGAGUGGCCAGAAGGAGAUCGAAUCCUUCGACUCGGCCAUCCUGCUCAUCCGAAACCCCUACAAGGCGCUCAUGGCUGAGUUCAACCGCAAAUACGGGGGGCACAUCGGCUUCGCUGCCCAUGCCCACUGGAAGGGCAAAGAGUGGCCGGAGUUCGUGGCGAAUUACGCACCGUGGUGGGCAACCCACACCCUGGACUGGCUGCGCUACGGCAAGAAGGUGCUGGUGGUGCAUUUUGAGGACCUGAAACGGGACCUGUUCGUGCAGCUGCAGCGGAUGGUGGGGCUCCUGGGCAUCGCUGCCUGCGAGGACCGGCUGCUCUGCGUCGAGGGCCAGAAGGAUGGCAACUUCAAGCGCUCCGGCUUGAGGAAGCUGGAGUACGACCCUUACACCCCCGAGAUGAGGAAGGUGAUCAGUGGCUACAUCCGGACAGUGGACACGGCUCUGAAGCUCCGCAAUCUCUCGGGGGUCCCCGAGGAUUACUAUCCGAGAUGAUGCUGACCGCGGCGGGGGUACCCGACCCUGCGCGGCAAGGAAAGGCUCGGGCUUCCCGGCCUCUGCCUGUUCCACCCAGUGGGUGGCUUCUCUUUUAAUGCUCCAUUUGCUGCUGUUAGCUGUCGAUCAACUCCCUGCAUGAGCGACGAAUGGUCCCAAACCAUCGCUGAGCUUGCUUGGGCGACGCCGAUGUGGACCCAAGAGGAUGCGGGUGCUUUCCAUGCUGCGGCAUUCCC